AUGCGCAAAAGCGUCAAACGUGCGGCCCGUGCUGAGGCUGACGAAGUUCCCGUCACCCGCAGGCGGUUGCGCGAGCGUGCAGAGGAGGAGGAGGUGGAAGAGGGAAAGAAGCGAUUAAGGCAGGAGGCCGCCGCACGUCGCGGUGCCCCCAAGAGUGAGGACGAGGAAUGGGAGGACGCCACCGACGAUGAACAGGAGGAGGAAGAGGAGUGCAGCAGCGUGGAUGAGGGGCUGGGCGAGGUGAUUGAGGAGGAGAUCAUCGACGAGGACGAGGAUUACGACGAGGAUUACGCUGAAUUUCAGCGUGAGGAGGAUUCGGUGACGAAAGGACUGCGACGCAUAACGUUUGACGAUGCUGCGCAACAGCAGCAGCACAAGGGAGGAGACGGGGAUGAGGAGGAGGCCGCACCUACUGUGUGGCGCAGCGAUCAGGCGGAUGAAGUGGCGCAGCAGCUCGUGUACUCAAACAAGGCGUAUGACUCCUUCUUUCAGUUGCGCACUGAGUAUCCAUCUCUCUCCUUUGAUGUGAUGCGGGACAGGGAUGCUGUGAAUCACACCAGGUAUCCGCUCUCGCUCACACUGGUGUGCGGUUCACAGGCAGACGCACUGUCCAAGAAUCAACUCUACGUGUUACGCAUCACCAACAUCUGCCGGACGAAGCACGAUGGCGAGAGUGACAGCGACAGUGACGGCAGCUACAUUGGAGACGAUGGUGAUGGAGAAGAUGAUAUGGAUGAGGAGGAGGGUGAAGAAGUCAAUAACGGUGAACCUAUUGUGCAGCAUCGGACCAUUUCCCACUACGGCACAGCAAACCGCCUCCGUUGUGCCCAUCACAAUACAAACUUAGUGGCUGUGUGGUCAGACGCCGGACACGUUCAGGUCUUCGAUCUUGAAAAUGAAGUUUCAAUGUUGUGCGAUUACACGAACUGGGCAAAGAGGCAGGGGAAACCUGCGACGCAGAAAAAGCGCUCCGCAUUGCUUUUUUGUACUUCAUCCACAGCACACAGGACAGAAGGGUAUGGAUUGGACUGGAGUCCUACCGUUCAGGGUGUCUUUGCUUCCGGAGACUGUGACGGGAACUUAUUUGUAUGGCAGCCCUCUGAUGAUGGUCGUUGGCAGGCAAUUGCUAGCAGCACAAGUGACACACAAUCGCCUUCCAUUGAGGAGAUUCAGUGGAGCCCCACGCAAACUGAUGUGCUUAUCGCCACUCGUGUUGGUGGCGCAGUGGAGGUGUGGGACACCCGCGACAUGCGGAACAGUAAGAUUCACUGGCAAGCAGACCCCACAGACAUCAAUGUUGCCGACUGGAACAAGGCAAGACAAGCUUCGCACCUGCUUGUGACCGGUGCUGACAGUGGUGCGGUGGCGGUGUGGGAUCUCCGCAAGCUGUCUGAAGCUACUCCAAUUCAGCGGUUGCCAUGGCACAGGGGAAGCAUCACAUCGGUAGAAUUUUCCCUGCACAAUGAGAGCGUGCUGGCCGUGACGGGAAACGAUGGUCAGUGCACACUGUGGGAUCUUAGCCUUGAGCGCGAUCCCAGCGAGGAGAAGGAGGUGAUUGGCGAACUGUUCGGGCGACAGGACCUGACAGGCAUCCCCGACCAGCUGAUGUUUCAGCACCAGGGGCUUGAACACCCGAAGGAGGUGCACUGGCAUGCGCAGAUCCCUGGGAUGGUGAUUACUACCGACUACUCCGGACUGCAUCUAUUCCGGCCGAUGAACUGGCGCUCGCUUAUGAAGUAA